CACCUACCACCUUAAUGUGGCGCGAGCAAAGCAUUGAAAGCAGAAGAAAUGAAGCACUUUCGCGAGCAAUCGGCAAACACUGGCAAAGAGGAGAAGCGCGUUGUGAGGGGUCACAUUCGGGAAUGGAUGUGGGUGAGCACAGUGUUACAACCAAGAGCAACGGUAGGAACAACACACCUGAGCGAUACCUUUUGAUUGGGUAGUAGAAGAGGGGCCGUGCAAUAGUAGAGUGUGGAAUUGGACCAGACAAUUGGAUAUCAGGACCUUUAUCCUUCUGCCACAUUUCCCCUCUCCUGUGUAUGUCCGUUGGUGAAGAGGGAAGCGAUACGGCUGGAUAGCAGCAAACGGUUAAAAGUGCAGCGUGGAUUGUGGCGUGUUUAGCACGAGAGAGAGAGAGAUAAGAGAGAAGAUCUGUGAUAGUUUGUGCGUGGUGCUGCCAGGUGAAAUGGUCUGCAUGCUGGAAUGUCAGUGAUCAGUUGUGCGCGUUGAAUUGCGGGUGUUUGUCGCUUCCCCGUUUGAAAGUUGGACCAUUUUGUUUGCAAUGACUUUGUCGUUUCGUCUGUCUGAUGGUGGUGCAAUCGCACGCUCUCGAGGAUUGAGCUGGAAAUGACCCCACCAUGUAAUCCCAUUUCGGAUGUAACUCUGCGCCGAUGGUUUAAUGUCGUCAAAAUAUGGUGUUUAGUUAACAUUAGACUGUUGUUGCUAUCAUUCUGCUUUUUCGGACAGCAUCGAUCAGAGAUCAAAUCUCAAAAGAUUCUGUCGUUUUAGCUAUAUGAGCCAGUGACGUCAUCGGACAUUUCAUGCCUCUCUAACUUCAGAGUUCGGAGAACUACCUUGUCUGUGGAAGAAGAGUUGGUUCAUUAUGUUCAAACGCCAUAUUUCGGCCGACUUUGAUUGCUCGGGACAGAGUUGCAACAAAUGUGGUAACACCUUGAGCGCUGCGUGUGUGUGUGUGUGUGUGUGAGAGAGAGAGAAUCAUUGUGCGUGUGUGUGCGUGUGUGUGUGAGAGAGAGAGAGAGAGAGAGAGAGAGAGAGAGAGAGAGAGAGUGAGAGAGUUUGUAAGCGUCGAAAGCAUGUUAGUUACAGUUUCUUCGAAACAAUCGUUGCCCGUUCUCGGUUUUUGUGUUUCAUUAGGAUUAGGAGCGAGUAUCUCCGGUUCGUUCUGUUCAGUAGUCAGGAGAGAAGAGUAAUAGCGAUAAGUAUACAGUAGUAGCCUUUUAAGAAAGUAAACCGGCCGCACUCGGCAUACUUUCUGUCGUCCCACCCCCCACGCAGCUUCCCCACGGGAGAGCGCGAGCGCGCGCGGGAUGGGAAAGCGGGAAUCGGAAGCUCGGGAGGAUCGUUCGGAAGCAAACACUACCAGUUACACUUAAAGUGACAAAUUUCUAUUUCUAUAAGUAAGAGAUACAGCACUUUACUUAGUGAUAGCAUAAGUAUAAAGAUACACAGAUACACACACACAAACAUACUAUAACAAUCUAGUGCAAUACACACGAUAUUGAGACAGUGGAGUGGAUACUUACCAACAAGAAAAGAAGGCAAAACUCGAAAGAGAAGAUAAUUAAUCACAUAAAACAACAGCCACACUACACCCAACCAACCCGUGUACGUACGUUGACGUUUAUUACAAUUGCACAGAGUUUUGUUUGAAUUUGAAAACAUUUGAACGAUCGAUCGCACGCGAUCGCAGCUAGUCCAUACAACGUGACUGAAGGAAGCAAAGCGAUGCACACGUGGCCAGUAAAAGUUGAUUGCGCAUAUGUGCAUCGACACAACACCGGCUUCGCACCAUGCAGUAUGUCGAAAUUGUCACCGAAAACCAAAACAAAACAAAAAUGUGUGCGUAUUAGAACGAGCGAACGUGUGUUGAAUACCACAAACAACCAAAACGGAGCCAACCAAAUGAUAAAAUAAAAUAAAACUAAAAUAAAAGUAAAGUUAUUCUCCUUCGCAAUAAAGGAAACCAAAAACACACCCACGCCCUUAACAAGUUAUCAUGUAACAUCUUACAACGGCAACAACACCCGAAACUUGAAUGGUGGAAACAAACUAAAAAAAAAAACAAAAAACAAAACAAUAGUAACUAAUGCAAAACCAGAACUUACCGCAAAAAAAAAACAACCAACCAAACAAACAGUGGAAAAGUUGACCGCAACAUCGUUUGAAUGUAGUUAAUUGCAGUAAAUAAAGGCAUUUUAAUGACAACUAGUUUCGAUUCUCGAUUCUUUAACGCUAGCAAAUCGAAAAGGAGGGGCUAAUGGAAAUGAACAAGGUGAAUUAUCGUGUUGCAAGUGAAAUAUUUCAAGUACUAGAUCCGAGAUAGUAUCUACAAUAGUUUAAUAACACUCGGCAGCGACCAGUGUGUUGCGCACGACACACAGACGGAGUUGUGCGAUGGGAAAUACAAGGAGGGAGUUGUAAUUAAAACAAGCAACAGCUGUAAAGGUGGUAGAUCCAUCCUUUGUUUCCGUAAAUGUGAACAUUCGGAGGAGCUAUUUAAUUCCCAUGCACACCUACCAAAAACAUGCAAAACGAAAGCGUUCUGGUAACAGUGAACACAAGCACUAUGGAAGCAAACUAGCACGUACUAGAAAUAAAAAAAAAAUAAACAAAGCAUACAAAAAAUAAGAAUACUUACAUGAUGUAAGUAAAGAAAGCGUAACACCAAGGUCAAAGAACUUAAACCAACUCGAUGAUACAUCCCUUUCCCAUCCGCACCGCGACACAACGCCAUCCUCCGGUGUGAGGUGUCCUGUACGGGCGGGCUAUAAGCAUCUGUUCUUCUUUCAUCCCAUUAUAAAUGGCGUCGCUUACAAUAUAUCAGUAGAGUAUUCCGGCACUGUAGUAUUCUGGUCUGGAUUAAUGGGAACAAAGAUUUAGUUACUUUUGCAUCCACUUUCUUCACUCUUCCUCAAGUGCUGCUCACAAUGUAUGUGUUCUCCCUUUUGCGCAAAUGUACAUCUCGCUUUGAAGCAAAGAAACCCCAUUGACCUCAUUUUGGUUCCGAUUCUUCGAUGGUCCCCUAAAACAAUUUCCCAUUUUUGUGACAUUGCGUCAUAACCGGCAGCAUUGUACAAUGUCUUUUUGUUUUUGCUACUUCUUCUUCCAGUAUAUGGGAUAUGGCUCUUACGAAAUAAGAUUGUAAUGUAAAAUAUUCGCACUCGCGGUUAGUCAAGAAAGUAUUAAAGGGGCAUGUUUACUUACAUAGUAUAGAUAAAUGAAGAAAAAAAAAAACUUGGGGCUGUUAUGCAGAACUCGGGCCUGUGCCCGAGCCUCGGCGUCACCCGUCUCGGUAGAGAUAAUCAAACGGAGCGGAACUCAGCCAGGGGUUUGGAGAAGCAAGCAAGAAAACAACCGGGGAUUGGGAGCGAUAAGAAGCAAUUAGUGACAUUAUUAGUAGUAGUUGUAUCGUAAUACUAUUUAUUAUGACGUUUCUGACGUUUGUUUGUUGCGUGUGUGUUCCACAGCAACCUUGGCUUAUCCCUCCCCCCUCCCAGCCACACUGUACUCUUUCGAUCGGUAGAGGGGAGAAAAGCAUUGUUUACUUAGAAUCGUUAGCACAUUGGUGCGUUACUGUUCGUUACCCGUUUUGGAUGCGUUACGUUGGUUUAGUUAUGUUUAAGGGAAGCGGUGUUCACGCCCUCUUACAAUUUAGACGAUUGUGUUUCGCGCAUGCAUUGUUAGAGUUUUGUUCAGUAGAGGUGAAAAUAACAACAAUGUGUCGAUAAAGUGGACACUACUGUACGUUUACCACUCAUCACAUCCAGCGCGCAUAAAUGCGUUUUCAGUUGUAACACUUCAUAACAGUUAUAACACUAAGCUCUAGAGUAUCUAGUUGUGGGGCAAUAGUGCGUACGAGACGUAAUUCGAGAUAAACGAUAAAAACGGCUAAAAAAAAAAGAUAUCUACGAAUGUAGAAAUAACAAACACAAGUGGUGGUGCAAACCAUACCAGAGGAAGAUUUUAACGAGGCGAAAAAAGCAACUGACAAAAACAACAGCCAUAAGCCAGCGUACCAAAUACAACCGCAAGCAGUGAAACAGUACGUUUUAAUUGCACUACUUUAUAUGUAGGUGUUCCUCUCAGUUAGAUGUAGCCCUGUUUGCCUUUUCAUUGAGCUAAGACAAUGACUUAUAAACACUUUAUCCUAGCGACACUACAUGCUUACAAACCGUUGGGUUCAAAAUCAUGGCGAGUGAAUGCGUUUCUACGGGGUAUUAUAUUCCCAGAUAUUCCCUUCCUUAUGUUAGACACUUUAAUUUAUCGCAGGUUUUCUAGAGGCACGGUGACAUUUAUUGUGAUUUUGUAGUGAUUUCAAGGAAGUUUCUCAACCGUAUUCCACCGAUUGGGGCUACUCUGCUGAGUUUAAUCAUGUGCCUCUAUUAUAAUAUCCCAUUCGCUGUUCUAUUAAUGCCUUUGUUUCAUAAUACCAUGCAAAUUAAUCCUUGUUGUCACACGGAGUUCGCUGUAACAUGACUUAAUGUCAAUGAGGAUUGCAAACUGUGUUAGUUACCGUUGAAGAUAUGUAGAUUGAGAAUAUUAGUAUUUGAUUUAAUGUUGGUUAAGGUCAGUUUCUAUUACACAUUUCAUACAUUACGAGGAGCUUAAUGCUCAUAUCAAACCUUUGGCGCUCACCGUGCCUUUACCAUGCCCUUUAUUGACGACUGCCGACUGUGUCGUUUUCAGAUAAUUUCUUAUAAUUGUUUACGUUGUAAAAUCUUCCAGAGGACCGAUUUUUUAACAAGCAAUAGUGAUCGCUACCCUACUCCACCAUCGCCUUUUUCUUCCUUCCCCACCUUCUGGGUUCGAUUGUCCCCGUGCUGUCUGCUUCCCGGUAUUAAUGAGAAAGUGCUCCCCCCCUGUGGCAGAAAAAUUCGUACUGUCGAUGUAUAGUUAAAUAAAAAAAAAACAAAAUCAAGCUUUAACGAGUCGAGACACUAAGUAACCCAGCUCUCCUCUCAACACUCUCGAACUGUAAAUCUCUCUUGUACGUUAGUGUAUGUGUGUAUAUCCUCCCUAGCCGGUCAGUCGCGCCAGUCCCUAUCUCCCCACCGGAGUGUCCUCGAACACUUCAGUAUCCCCGAUUCUUCCUUCAAAACUUGUUCACUUUCUUGUUGUGUCUUACGUUAGAAUAAAAAAGAGAGAAAAAAGUUAAUAAGUUAAUUUUUCCUUCCACUAGCUUUUGGGAUGCGGUACAGAGGACGUGUGUGUGUAUGUGGGCUCCCAUUUAGCUACUGGUCACUAAAAGCCUUCGAAACUAAAACAAUCCCUUGGUGCUGGUGCACAAAAAAGAGUGGAAAACAGUAAUAAGAACAGUACGGUACACAGUUAGUACAGGCUGGUAAUACAGAAGUUGUAUCAAACCGCAGAAAUAACAUCACAAAAGGCACACAUGUGUUAAAACGCACGUGGCGAGAACAAACACAUGCAAGAAUUUCACAUGUUUUCUCUGAUUUAAGUUUGUAUCAUAGGAAUAGAAGAGAAAUUAAAUAAACAAAACACAGAAAAAAACAACCAAAACACAUUCAAAACGUAUGUAUAUCUUUAAACAAAACGGAUACGAUAUUAAGUUAGGGUUUAGCAAGGGAAACGUGACAUAACACUCACUCACACAUGGACUCAUGGACACACAAAAACCUUGUUACAAAAUAAAGCUAUGAAUGAUUUAAAAAAAAAACAACAACAACAGAAACACACACGCCUGUUUGUGUGUCAGUGUAAGUGUUUGUAUUGCAAUCCGAGUGAAGAUAUCUACUUAGAAUUAAACGCCUUGUUGCAAGGCGCCUUUGUCCGCACACCUAGGAGAUGUUGAUGUUUUGCUUUCCCUCGUCCUUUCUCUAUAUAGCCGGAUCGUUGUGCAUGCAAGUGGAUAUAGGUGGUAUAUCUUCGAAUGGAUUUUACACACAAACAUAUACACAAACACAUGUACUUACAAAAAAAACAGACAUUAUUAAAAUAAACCCCUCUACUUAAGACCAUCCCUUGAGAGCUUGUUUGUUUUAGCGUGUGUGAGGAAGUGUGGUGAAACAUUUAAUAAACGCCAAAGUGUUGCUCGAACUUUACCAAAGCGCAAGCGAUAGUAAUGCAAAGAAUGAGUCUUAUUAGUGUAUUAGUAACACAGCAACGCGGGAACAGUAAUAUGCAAUUUAGCCUGCGUUUCGGAUAAGGGCUAAAAACACAUAAUACACAACACUUAACGGUAAGCAGUACAUACACUUACAUAUUACACAAAAAACCCAGGGAAUGUAAGAUAGAACCCCCCCCCCCCUUUAAAAA